AUGGCCCGCCUGAGUGCUCCCGCCAACAUGACACCAAGAGCCGAGCGCAAGUCGAGCCGCUUCCGAGAGAUCUUCAAACAUCGACCCAGCUCGAGCGCAUCCUCAAGCCCUGUUGACCUGACCAAGUCGUCCCUACCCGUGGAGUCAAGCCCGAUGCCAUCGCCCACUAUGCCUCCAGGUUUCCAACAGGUCGGUUUGCUGCCCAGUGAGCGUUCCUCGCAUAGCUCAUCGCGGCUUUCGAAAGAUGAAGAGGGUCGCGAUAUAGAUACUGAAUCAACAGUAGCUGAAGCACGAAGAAGGUCAUUGAAGAGCGAAUCUUCAACUCGAGAUGCUUCCGAUAACCUGAACAUCGCCGGUGCGACGCCCUCACAUGUGCAACCUACACUGCCGAUGUUGAAGGCGGAGCACAGAAUCAAGAAGAAGAGUCCAUUUACCCAGUCGAUGAGGCGUGUUGUUUCUCAGCGUCCGGCCCAGAACGCAGACCAAGACAUCGCCACGAUCCAGCCGGCCAUGAAUGAGGGUAUUUUUCCAACAACCACGGGUGAUGCGGACAAGCGAAGCAGUCUGCCACUGGAUUCCCCCCACAAGAUUUCAGAGACUGUGUAUAACAAGAACAACAGCUCACGCACAAAAGGUGGUAUUGACGGUCUCGACAGCUUUGUGGAACAGCAUCGCAACUCCGAUUCUUCCGAGAACAGCGAUCCAGCCGAAGACAACAGUCCCAAAAAGAAGAAUACAGACUUUGAAAAGAAGAUUUUAGACGACUUUGUGGCCGAUCUUUCCAUCUCUGAGCAGAUUCGACCUUCGGUUGAGACUGCCUACGGGCACCAGGUGGACACCGCGGGAGAUGGACGUAGCAGUCAUCGCAAGUCCUUCACAUCCGACAUCUUCGACGAUGACAGCUCCUUGAGCCAAGGCAUUCGCGAGUACAUCACCAGCAAGAUUGCAGAAGCGUUGGCAGAACACGAUCGCGCGCAUUGUAGCAACGUUGAUGCCACGACCAACCCGUCAGUACACAUCACGAUCAAGGUUGGCGGGAUUGGUCUAUUGGAAGCGGAGAAGCCCGCUAGGCCCAGCAUUAGCGAUAAGAAGACCGAUAUAUUCACCCAACACAGCACGAUGGGGCCAGUCACGAUCACUAGCCCGCUGCUAGCACGGAAUGCCCAGCUGGUUGUCCUGAUCUUGUACGCAGUGACUUUGCUCGGCGCAUCACUUCUGGGUCCGAGGAGUCUGCUGAUCGUUAUCUGGAGGAUGGCGAUCGCACUUGGUAUGUACACUGCCGUGUUGCAACAGCUGAGUUGGACUAAGAACGUCGAGCGCGACGUAUUCCUGGCGCCCGUUUUCUUCUUUGCCAGCGUAGCGACCGGUAUGGGUGAGCAGCUACUGAAUCGGGUGCGCGUGGUUACGAUUGCCAUACUGGUCGAGAUUCUGAAUUGCGUUGUGAGGCGUGCUGAUGUCCGGAUGCAUACAAAGUAG